GUGGUACCAUGGGAAGCUGGACCGGACCAUUGCUGAGGAGCGGUUGCGGCAGGCCAGGACCCCUGGCAGCUACCUCAUCAGGGAGAGUGACCGCCGGCCCGGCUCCUUUGUCCUGUCCUUCCUCAGCAUGACCAGCGUGGUCAACCACUUCAGGUCAGUCAAAGCAUGCACUCGCGCACACACACACUGAGCACACACACACUGAGCACACACACACUGAGCACACACACACUGAGUUAAUUCAUUCACAAUGCAAUAGUCAUGAUGCAGGCUACUGCAGGUCGAUCGCACAGACACAAAAGUAGGUCUUCAUGACCUGCAUAACGUCGGCUACAAUCCUUUUUGUAGACCGAUGGUUCUGCUACUUUUUCAGCUCGAAACCCAAAUAAGAAAUGAGCCGUUAUCCCAUGACCUAAAUCGUCCCCCGUCGGUUACAGAUACAGAAGCUAUGAAUACUGCAUAGUCUAUAGCCUUAGCCACCAUGUCUCCAACAGCCUGCAUCACAGAGUAGAACAGAAAGUGAGCUAAUGCAGAUGUUAAAGACAUAACAUUCAGGAUCCUAUUGCUGGCUUUUUUGGGGCAUGUGCGUGGUUGGAGGCAAGAGACUUGUCUUUGACAGAGGGGUGCGUGGGUGGACGGCCCGGCAACCAUGUCUCAGUUUCCGAUUACCAGCAGACAGGACAUUACCUCCACCCCCUCACCUUUUGUAUUGGAUCUCCAUCAGACAUUAGCCCCUAACGACACUCUACCCACUCCCAUCUACUGAAAUGUGGAGAAGUAAUGACCUUCUUUUCACCGCACUCCUGGUGUGUGAAAAGUUUUCCUGGUUUCUUAAGUGCUUUGGGUGGCUUUCUGAGGCUGUGAGAGUGGAUGUUAGUCAGAACCUGCAUGCAUACAUCCAUCCACAAAUAGCAGUUCUGCCUGCCCUACCUAGGCUCUAUGUCCACAAGACUGUGGUCCUUUGUAGCUCAGUUGGUAGAGCAUGGCGCUUGCAACGCCAGGGUAGUGGGUUAAAUUCCCGGGACCACCCAUACGUAAAAUGUAUGUAUGCAUGUAAGUCGCUUUGAUAAAAUGGCAUAUAUUAUUUAUUAAUACCUUUGUGCAUUGUGUAUUCAACUGUAUUCAUUCCAAUGAGUUCGAUAGACCUGUCGAUAAGGCCUGCAUUCAUGACAUCAGCCCCUCCUAGACCAGAUCAACACUAAGCAUUUCAAUAGAUGAUUGAUUAACGUACAGGGAAAAGAUGACAUCAUCUCAUUCACAGCAUUGCUUUACAGAGACAUGAUAGCAUUGAUGCUGGAAACCCUUGUGGAAUGGUAUUAGGAAGGAAAGGUUAAACAAUAGUCUAACCAUGGGAAGAUGUCCUUGAAUGCUGUCUAAUCUACAGUACAAUACAGUCAAGACAGAGAUUUGCUCAACAGAUGAGCUGAGACUGAAGGAUUAUUCUGGGCUCCCCACUGUUAGCUGGCUCGCCAAGACUUUAAUCAUGUCAUUGUCAUCAUUACUGGAGUAAUUUCACACCAGACUAUAAUCAGUUGAGUCAUGAUAGUGUAAUGCAUGUCUUCUCCUUUUGUUUCAUAGAUCCCAGGGCAACUGGGCCUAAUUUUAGCACUGUGCUGUUCUGCUCUUGUACUUUUUGAUGGUUUGAGUAGUUAUGUGGAAAGUGUAGCCUAGUUAUGUCUGCUGAUUUUGAAUUGUUCAAUUUAGUUUAGGCCUAUUUGUAUUUUCAUACUUCAUAUUUUCUGCACGCUGCAUGUUUUGCUUAACAAAUCAUUUUGACAGUGUGCUCUGUGUAUCUGUGCAUGUUUACAGGAUAAUCGCCAUGUGUGGAGACUAUUACAUUGGCGGGCGUCGGUUCUCGUCCCUGUCGGACCUGAUUGGUUAUUACAGCUACGUGUCUUGCCUGCUGAAAGGUGAAAAGCUGCUAUCGCCCGUGGCGCCCCCAGAGGUAAGAUUCCAUUACACUCUAGUAGAAACGGAGGUUAGACUUUUUUCCCCCCACAUAUUCGAUGUACAGUGUAUUCACACCCCUUGACCUUUUUCACAUUUAGUUGUGUUACAGGCUGGAUUUAAAAUGGAUUACAUUGAGAUUGUUGGUCACUGGCCUACACAUAAUACACCAUAAUGUCAAAGUAGAAUUAUGUUUUUAGAAAUGUUUACCUAUUAAUAACAAAUGAAAAGCUGAAGUGUCUUGAGGCAAUAAGUAUUCAACCUCUUUGUUAUGGCAAGCCUAAAUAAGUUCAGGAGUAAAAAUCUGCUUAACAACUUACAUAAGUUGCAUUGACUCACUCUGUGGGCAGUAGUGUUUAACAUGAUUUUUGAAUGACUACCUCAUCUCUGUACCCCACACAUACAAUUAUCUGUAAGGUCCCUCAGUCAAGCAGUGAAUUUCAAACAGAUUCAACCACAAAGACCAGAGAGGUUUUCCAAUGCCUCGCAAAGAAGGGCACCUAUUGGUAAAUGGGUAAACAUUUAAAAAGCAGACAUUGAAUAUCCCUUUUGAGCAUGGUGAAGUUAUUAAUUACACUUUGGAUGGUGUAUCAAUACACCCAGUCACUACAAAGAUACAGGUGUCCUUCCUAACUCAGUUGCCGGAGAGGAAGGAAACCGCUCAGAGAUUUCACCAUGAGGCCAAUGUUGACUUUAAAAUGGGUAGAGUUUAAUGGCUGUGAUAGGAGAAAACUGAGGAUGGACCAACAACAUUGUAGUUACUCAUUUACAUUACAUUUACGUCAUUUAGCAGACGCUCUUAUCCAGAGCCACUUACAGUGCAUACAUUUUUUAUUUAUUUUUUUAUACUGGCCCCCCGUGGGAAUUGAACCCACAACCCUGGCGUUGCAAACGCCAUGCUCUAACAACUGAGCUACCUCCCUGCCGGCCAUUCCCUCCCCUACCCUAGACGACGCUGGGCCAAUUGUGCGCCGCCCCAUUGGUCUCCCGGUUGCGGCCGGCUACAACAGAGCCUGGAUUCGAACCAGUGGCACAGCUAGCACUGCGCCACUCGGGAGUAUUAGUAUUUACUCCACAAUACUAACCUAAUUGACGGAGUGAAAAGAAGGAAGCCUGUCCAAAAAAUAUUCCAAAACAUGCAUCCUGUUUGCAACAAGGCACUAAAGUAAUACUGAAAAAAAAUAAAAAAUAAAUUUCACUCUGGUAGGCUAUAUUUAUAUGUGAAACCGAUUUAAUACGAAAUACCUUUCCAUACAAACAUUUUCCUACCGAACUGGGCAUGAACUACAAACAGUAGCUUACUGCUAACAAAGGAGCUAAAUAAUAAUAUAGUAGUGCAGUAUAAUGCAGCUAGAGAGAAAAGGCUAAAUGCAUAAGAGAAAUAGAACGUGCUAUUUUAAAAUACAGCCUAAUGGCCAGAUUAGACAAUGUGCAUGUUUGUGGCAAGUGGGCAAAAAUCCACAUCGUCACAGUGAGAAUAAAAAUAAUAUUUAAUCAAUUUUGAAUUCGGGCUAUAACACAACAAAAUGUUGGAAGGAAAGUAUGAAUACUUUCUGAAGGCACUGUGUCUGGGGAGAUAUCUGUCCAACUUCCCGUACGCCCCAGGCCAUAUUUCAUAACCACUUUCAGGAGAGAAGCCAGGCAAAAUACUAAUGAGGGGAUGUCCUGGAGGGUGUCUAGUCAAAUACUUUAAUUUGGAACGCUGAGGGGGGGUUGAAGAUAUGAAGAUUUUAGUGGAAGCAUUGGUUAAUAUUGCAGUUCAGUGUUUAAUAGUGUGCUUGUGUCUGUCUGUGCCCGUGUGUGUAGCCUGUAGAGGACAGGAGGAGAGUGAGAUCCAUUCUUCCAUACACCAAAGUGCCAGAGACCGAUGAGAUCAGGUAAGCCCUACAAGAAACGUACAAAGACACAUUUGUGGAAUCUGAGUGCAUGUUUGCCCUGUUGAAGGAGAGCACUGGAGAGCACAUAAUCUGAAUAAUACAAAAACAGACCUCUCCCUGUGAUUUAGUAAGACCCAGCACACUAACAGUUGAGUGUGGCUAUUCUUCGUCAGAUUUGAGAAACAUCUGUCUGAAUCCAAGCCUUAACACAGAGACACUGCUAGUUCAGACUUAGCUGGCUGGAUAGAACCAUGCAAUCUUUCUUUACAAUGGUGUUGUGUAGUUUACAGGAUACACCUUGUGGAUCAUUGGUGGUACUACACCCAAACAUUGCUGCGGGGACUUGCUUCCAUUCAGCCACAAGAGCAUUAGUGAGGUUGGGCGCUGAUGUUGGGUGAUUAGGCCUGGCUCGCAGUCUGUGUUCCAAUUCAUCCCUAAGGCGUUCAAUGGGGUUGAGGUCAGGGCUCUGUGCAGGCCAGUCAAGUUCUUCCUCACCGAUCUUGACAAACCAUUUCUGUAUGGACCUCGCUUUGUGCACAUUGUCAUGCUGAAACAGGAAAGGGCUUUCCCCAAACUGUUGCCACAAAGUUGGAAGCACAGAAUCAUCUAGAAUGCCAUUGUAUGCUGUAGCGUUAAGAUUUCCCUUCACUGGAACUGAGGGGCCUAGCCCGAACCAUGAAAAACAGUUUCAGACCAUUAUUCCUCCACCAAACUCUAUAGUUGGCACUAUGCAGUCAGGCAAGUAGCGUUGUCCUGGCAUCCGCCAAACCCAGAUUCCUCUGUCGGACUGCGAGAUGGUGGAGCGUGAGUCAUCACUCCAGAGAACACGUUUCCACUGCUCCAGAGUCCAAUUGCGGCGAGCUGUACACCACUCCAGCCGACGCUUGGCAUUACGCAUAGUGAUCUUAGCCUUGUGUGCAGCUGCUCGGCCAUGGAAACCCAUUUCAUGAAGCUCCCGACAAACAGUUAUUGUGCUGACGUUACUUCCAGAGGCAGAGGCUUCAGCACUCGGCGGUCCAGCUCUGUGCGCUUGUGUGGCCUACCAUUUCGCGGCUGAGCCGUUGUUGCUCCUAGAUGUUUCCACUUCACAAUAACAGUACUUACAGUUUACCGGGGCAGCUCUAGCAGGGCAGAAAUUUGAUGAGCUGACUUGUUGGAAAGGUGGGAUCUUAUGACGGUGCCACGUUAAAGGUCACUGAGUUCUUCAGUAAGGGUCAUUCUACAGCCAGUGUUUGUCAAUGGAGAUUGCGUGGCUGUGUGCUCAAUUUUAUACACCUGUCAGCAACGGGUGUGGCUGAAAUCGCCAAAUACACUAAUUUGAAGGGCUGUCCACAUACUUUUGGCCAUGUAGUGUAGUUCAGUCGCCGAUUAGCUGUCAAGCCUCAAGGAACCUCACAGCCGUUAGAUCUCUUAACUACAUAGACAAUCAUUAUUGAAAAGAACAGUGUUGUUUUUUGUGCACAGUUUUUUUUGUGUAACAGGAGAUGCAAGUGUAAGUACAUGUGUAGCAAAACAUUGAGCUGUUGUUCGUCCUCUCUGUCAGCUUCCUGAAAGGGGACAUGUUUAUCGUUCACAAUGAACUGGAUGACGGCUGGAUGUGGGUGACCAAUGUGAGGACGGAGGAGCAGGGCCUCAUCGUAGAGGACCUAGUGAAGGAGGUGGUGAGUCGAAGGACAGCACUCUGCCUGCUCUGCACAGGUUUAGGAUCAGCCCUAACCUGACAUCAUUCACUUGGGUUGUGCCCCAAACGGUACACUAUGUAGUGAACUACUAUAGGGAAUAGGGUACCAUUUGGGACACAACUGUGGUUUGCCAUUUGAAAACGUCUUCUCUCAACUUUUUAUUAAAUUUUUUACCCAAGUGGCAAUGGUAGCCAUUUAUAAGUAUUUUUAGACUUUGUCUUUUUACAUUUGUCAUUACUUCUCCACUGAUUUGUUGAACUGAACAUUGUUCUUGUUUUCAGGGACGGGAGGAGGACCCACAUGAGGGCAAAGUGUAAGUUCGGAUUCCGUUUUUUCUCCUAGGUGGCCAUACUAUCCAAACCCCCCGCAGAACAUCAACCAAUAGGAGAGCUUCAUUUGUGAAAAUGGCUGUUUAGCUCAUAUUUUUAGACAGCCUACCAUUGGGUUCAUUAUAUCCCUGCCUUCUGGCUGCCUCUAUGCACGCAACCAAUGGUUACCAUAUCUUCUAUCCAAAGGAUGUUUUCCUGUUGUGCAGGAAUGGGAAGGGUAGUGUGGUGUACGUUAACAUAAUCCAUGUUUGCAUCCAUGCGGCUCAGCGAAUCUCUAACAAUGACCUAGUUAGGGACUCCGACACAAACACAAUCAAUCAGGCUGUAUAUCUAGGUGUGUUUUUUUGUUUGCCAGCCUCCCAAAGACGGACUGUAAAAUGUGAAAAAUAGAUUUCACAAAUCAAACAUCCAUUAAAAAAAAAAAAAAGUUUUUUUCUGUUAAUUAAUUCACAGACUAAGGUUGCUUUGUGAUGUUACCCAGUAAUUUAGGAUUUGGGAUGAGAUGUCCAUAGAAUAACUAACAUUGGCCCAUGUCUGAGCAGUGACUUGCUGUUCACCUGAUGGGAGUUCACAAUUGCCAAGUCUAACAGGAUCUAUCAAGUUGUGAUUCAUCAUUACAGACUGACCUGACCAUUCUAAAACCCCUCACUGCCCCUUUAAACCCAGCACAUAUUGAUCUGUCGGUUUUCUUUCCCUCUCUCUUUAUAUCCAAUGGUCCAUCCUCAUCCUGUCUGUAGCUGGUAUCACGGCAAGAUCAGCAAACAGGAGGCCUAUAACCUUCUGAUGACAGGUACCACUAUACUCUACAUUAUCCUCACUAUAACCUUCUGAUGACAGGUACCACUAUACUCUACAUAUUACAUUACCCUCACUAUAACCUUCCAACCUGGAUCGAUAUUUGUUUUUAAUGCAGACGAAAGCACUGAAUCAGCGUACCAUGAGUUUUAAUGCUCGGAUGGAGACGGCACAGUAUUCCCUUUUGAGUCAGUAACUCCUCCAUAGUGACCCAUGAAUGCGUUGUCUGCAGCAUUCGGUCACGACACAGCUCGAUCAGCUGUUUUGAUUUCACUUACCGGCAUGUUAACUGAGCCAAGAUCACAAUCAAACGGAUUUCGCUGAUUCAGUCACUCAUCUGUAGAAUUGCUUUUUAUUUCCCCUGCAUGUUUGCGUUCAGUUUCCCAAAUACAGUGCUAUGAAAAAGUAAUUGCCCCCUUUCUAAUUUUCUCUAUUUAUGCAUAUUUUUUAUACUGAAUGUUAUCAGAUCUUCAACCAAAACCUAAUAUUAGAUAAAGGGAACCUGAGAACAAAUAACACAACAAUUACACACUUAUUUCAUUUAUUUUAUAAGUAAAGUUAUGCAACACCCAAUCCCCCUGUGAGAAAAAGUAAAUGCCCCCUUACACUCAAUAACUGGUUGUGCCACCUUUAGCGGCAAUGACUCCAACCAAACGCUUCCUGUAGUUUUGGCCCACUCUUGCAUGCAGAACUGCUUUAACUCAGCGACAUUUGUGGGUUUUUAACCAUGAACUGCUCGUUUCAAGUCCUGCCACAACAUCUCAAUUGGGAUUAGGUCUGGACUUUGACUAGGCCAUUCCAAAACUUCAAAUGUGUUGCUUUUUAGCCAUUUUCAUGUACAUUUAAAUUUUAGGCAUUUAGCAGACGCUCUUAUCCAGAGCGACUUACAGUUAGUGAGUACAUAAAUUUUUCAUACAUUGUCUUGCUGCAUGACCCAUCUGCGCUCACAGACAGAUGGCCUGACAUUCUCCUGUAGAACUCUGAUACAGAGCAGAAUUCAUGGUUCCUUCUAUUAAGGCAAGUCAUCCAGGUCCUGAGACAUGGGUCCCAUUGUGCCUGGCGAAAACCAAACACUGCAUUCCACAGUAAGAACCUCAUAGCAACGGUCAAACAUGGUGAUGGUGGUAGCGUGAUGGUUUGGGGAUGCUUUGCUGCCUCAGGACCUGGAUAACUUGCCUUAAUAGAAGGAACCAUGAAUUCUGCUCUGUAUCAGCGAGUUCUACAGGAGAAUGUCAGGCCAUCCAUCUGUGAGCUAAAGCUGAAGCACAGCUGGGUCAUGCAGCAAGACAAUGAUCCAAAACACACAAUCAAAUCUACAUGAAAAUGGCUAACAAGCAACACAUUUGACAUUUUGGAAUGGCCAAGUGAAAGUCCAGACCUAAUCCCAAUUGAGAUGUUGUGGCAGGACUUGAAACGAGCAGUUCAUGCUGGAAAACCCACAAAUGUCGCUGAGUUACAGCAGUUCUGCAUGGAAGAGUGGUUCAAAAUUCCUCCACAGCGACGUGAGAGACUGAUCAUCAACUACAGGAAGUGUUUGGUUGGAGUCAUUGCCGCUAAAGGUGGCACAACCAGUUAUUGAGUGUAAGGGGGCAUUUACUUUUUCUCACAGGGGGAUUGGGUGUUGCAUAACUUUACUUAUAAAAUAAAUGAAAUAAGUGUAAUUGUUGUGUUAUUUGUUCUCAGGUUCCCUUUAUCUAAUAGUAGGUUUUGGUUGAAGAUCUGAUAACACUCAGUAUCAAAAAUAUGCAAAAUGAGAAAGGGGGCGAAUACAUUUCUACGGCACUGUAUGUCUGUUACACAGGCAAGGAGACAAAUGUUAUUUUCAUUACACAGAAAGUCAACAAAGUCCGUUUUUUACAUCCAUUACGAAUGACAACAGUUCCUCUCUCAAUUCAAAACAUCUUUCCAACACUCCCACCAAGCCUCGGUGUGAAAUAGAACAUUGUCAUGCUCUGAUAGUUUUGCGAACAGGCGUGCGCGAUGUAGUUUACAUUAGAAGUUACCUGCUGUAUAUCUGAGUUUUUUUGCCGCCAGUUGCGCUCUGUGUAUCCAUUAUAGCUCAGUGGGUGUAUCAUACAAUGCUUCCAUAUGGCAGAGGGAGACACAUUCAUAUCUAGAGUGCAGAGACCUGCCUGUCGUCCCGUGAUAGAUGGAGCCCCAUCUUUGAAAAAACCCAUGAUUCGAUCCCAUGGAAUCUGUUUUUCAUCAAUAUAGGCACAUAGCACACUGAACAUCCCCUGUGCAGUUUCAUGCUCGGGAAUCGUGAAACGAAACAAUAUGUCCUCACAUGUAGCUAAUAAAAGUAAAUGCAUGGGUAUCUCGGCACUCACAGCUAAAGAUCAUUUGGAGAGCAUAAGGUGGGGAGUUUGUCGUUCAAUCAGCGUUUCCUCUUUAUUGCUAGCUAUAGCAUCAAUUAUUAGUUUCAGUGUUAUCUGACAAAGGUAUUGAUGUGAGUUUCUGUGCCUCUGCCUCCCCACACAUUGUUUUCACCAUAUCAAUUGCUGCCGGUUAUAUCAACGUCUCUGCAAUAGUGUGUGGUUUCAUAGCAUAGUGGGCCUAGCCAUUCACCGUGGGAAUGAUUCAAGUGCAACGGUCAAGUGUGGCCUUUUCCCACGACCUAAGGGUGUUCUCUAGUUGAAUUGUAACUUUUAGAUUUGAAUACUUUUAAUUUAGAUUAAGGUUAACCACAUCACAAUGAUUUUGAGAGACAAAGACGAUAUUACAUGUUUUUAAAAUGUAUUUUUACCAGGAUUUUGGAAAUUCUCCCCGCGACCCCAUUUUCAUAUCAGGCUACCCCACGUGGGGUUGUGACCCCUAGUUUGGGAACUGCUGCACUAUACUUUACAUAUGACAUUAUCCUCACUAUAACCUUCUGAUGACGGGUACCACUAUACUCUACAUAUUACAUUAUCCUCACUAUAACCUUCUGAUGACGGGUACCUCUAUACUCUACAUAUUACAUUGUCCUCAUUAUAACCUUCUGAUGACAGGUACCACUAUACUCUACAUAUUACAUUAUCCUCAUUAUAACCUUCUGAUGACGGGUACCUCUAUACUCUACAUAUUACAUUGUCCUCAUUAUAACCUUCUGAUGAGGGGUACCACUAUACUCUACAUAUUACAUUAUCCUCAUUAUAACCUUCUGAUGACGGGUACCACUAUACUCUACAUAUUACAUUAUCCUCACUAUAACCUUCUGAUGAGGGGUACCACUAUACUCUACAUAUUACAUGAUCCUCAUUAUAACCUUCUGAUGAGGGGUACCACUAUACUCUACAUAUUACAUUAUCCUCAUUAUAACCUUCUGAUGACGGGUACCACUACACUCUCGCUGUCUCUACAUAUUACAUUCUACUCACUGAGGAACAUAACACAGUGGGAUUAUGUUCCCAUUUCUAUGUGAUCUUGAUAACAACAAAUAUUUUCUGUUGCUGAAAUAUAUGUUCCAAUAAUGUAUUGGUAGUAAAACGUCAAUACUAAACAUGUUAAUGCCAACAAUAACAGUGUUGAAUUUCUCUCUCUCAAUCAGUUGGUCAAGUGUGCAGCUUCCUGGUGCGGCCGUCAGACAACACACCCGGGGACUACUCCCUGUUUUUUCGCACCAAUGAGAACAUCCAAAGGUUUAAGAUAUGCCCCACCCCCAACAAUCAGUACAUGAUGGGGGGGAGGUACUACAACAGGUACGUGUGACGGGGCCUCAUAAUGUCUCCCAGUGCAAUAAUCAUGAACCAUGAGGGAGGCGUUCAAUAGAAUCAGAAAAUAACUUUUCUGGUCAGGGAAACCCUGUGGCCUUACCUGUAAUCUUAUAAAGAUUUUGUGAUAUCCAGGUUUACAGUCCCACAUAGAAAUAUAGCUUAUACAGAAAGUACUAAAUACUAUAAGUCUGAAGCGUUAUGACAGAGUAUGAUGGUCAUUGCUGGUCAGUAGAAAUAACUGCUAUGCUCUGUCUCUUCUCUCUCUGACAGUGUUGAUGACAUUAUUGACCAUUAUAAGAAAGAGCAGAUCGUGGAGGGCUACAACCUGAAAGAUGCUGUGUCAGUGCAGGUAAGCCUGAGUCCAGACACCUCCAUAGUGGUGCGACUCCUGUCAUAUCAGUUUGAGAAGGCUAUAGAUUUACAGGUAUUUCAUUAAUUGUGUUGUUUUAUUGACAUUCAUGUUCAUAUAUUUCAGCACCAGGAACAAGUGCUCUCAGACUUGGUGGACGGCAAGGAGAUAUAUAACACCAUCAGACGGAAAACGAAAGACGCGUUCUACAAAAACAUUGUCAAGAAAGGCUACCUCCAAUUCAACAAAGGUAAGUAAGCAGCCCGGAACGGCUCAUACAGUAGGACAGGAGCCUAUAUCCUCUUUCUAUAGCGUGAGGCAGAUUGAUAUACAAGUACACCCCCUGGACAGGACACUAGUCUAUGGCAGGGCCUUACCCCCAGUCUAUCUCCUUAAUGCUGAGUGCCAAGGAGAGACUCUUCAGGUCCCAUUUAUUUUUACAGUCUUUGGUGUGACUCGGCUCACAACCUUCCAAUCUCAGGGCAGACACUCUAACCACAAGGCCACUGAGUUACCCAUAUGUUUUUUACGCUUAGAUGAUUUCUCCGCGGGGAAUGUAAUCUCAAAUGUCUGUAAAUGUAAUCUAGACCUUAGCCCAUUUCAUCACUCCUACUUCUCCCUGAAGUGGUCACUGAUAUACUACCCCUCUAGGAUUUAAAAGGAAAGGACUGGUGUAUUAAAUAUGGUGGAAACUCUCCCCUAAACUUGAGAGGGAGUGAACAAGUGCAGGCAGAUGAGAGAGAAUUGGGGAAUUGGCCUGAUGUCUUCUCCCCUCUCCUCUCCCCUCCUCCAGGCAAAGGCAAGCGGUGGAAGAACCUCUACUUCAUCCUGGAGGGGAACGACGCCCAGCUCAUCUACUUUGAGAGUGAGAAGAGAGCCACCAAACCCAAAGGCCUGAUUGACCUGAGUGUGUGCUCUGUGUACGGUGUGCACGACAGUCUGUUUGGCAGGUGAGACACUCCACCUACAUCUGUGUGGACAUGGACUGUGAUAAGAACGAAUCAUUGCAAAAUAACAUAAUAAUAACUACUUUAUUGAGGGAAAAUGUACUUACUACGACUGUGAUAUGUGGUUGUCUCAGCUAGCUAUCUUAAGAUGAAUGCAUUAAUUGUAAUUCACUCUGGAUAAGAGCAUCUGUAAAAUGACUAAAAUGUCAAAACAAUUGUAGCCAUGUUGGGCAGAGUUUUGUCCUUAGUUCUCCCCAGUCUGAAUUUGAUACAUUCUGAGUUUGAUCAGUUGGAGACAUUCGAUUGGGUACGUACUUGUUCGGUAAUACCUGGCUGCUCCUGUUCUUGUUUGCAGGCCAAACUGUUUCCAAGUUGUGGUCCAGCACUUUAGUGAGGAACAGUACAUAUUCUACUUCGCUGGCGAGACUCCUGAACAGGCACAGGUUUGUACUGAUCGCUCUGUCUAUCUGUCUGUCUCCCUCGCUCUAUGACUGAUUGUGGAUGUUCUGUCACAGUCACACCAUUCUUAAGUCUUAACAGUGUUCUUUCCUCUCUGUAGGACUGGAUGAAAUGUCUGCAGACGUUCUGCAGUAACCUUAGGAAACCCACCCAGCCCACUCCCAACAAGAGGCUCCGACAGGUACAAACACUGGCAAUUCCAGUCAAAUGCUGUUUUGUAUUGUGCAUUUCAGAAAAUGCAUUUGCCACAAAUGUAUGUUUAAUAAAUCAAAUUCCUAACAAAUGUGUUUUGAUAUGGCAAUACAGUAUUGAAUCUUGAAAUGCAAGUUGGGCCUCAACUCCCCAAAGAAUAACACCCAAUGCAUCACUCAUCUCAUCUCUUUUAAAAGAAAGAUUGUUUACCGAUAUGGUCAUUUGAUAUUAUUCAAACCCACUACUAUGGUGUUCCAUGCACUUUACUCCAGCCAACUGAGGCAUCAGAUGCCCUGAGUAAUUGUCUGUUGUCCUGAUGUGUUUGUGUCCCGUCAGGUGAGCAGCCUGGUCCUGUACGUGGAGGAGGCCCACAAGCUGCCUGUGAAGCACUUCACCAACCCCUACUGCAACAUCUACCUGAACAAUGUGCAGGUGGCCAAGACCCACCCCAGAGAGGGUCAGAACCCCGUCUUCACAGAGGAGUUCAUCUUUGAGUCAGUUCCUUUUACAACUCCAUUCAUUGGCAAUUUAGGGUGAAAUUGACAUUUGUAUUUGGCUUCCGUAUACUAUAACUUAUACCAUAACUCCUCACUGCACUUAGUAAUAAUAUGGCCAUACUAUUGCAUUGAUACAAUGAUUAGCUGUCGAAUCAUGUUUGGGUUCCUUACAUUGACAGACAAUAUUUUUUUUUUCCCCUCAGUGACUUGUCGAGUGAAAUCAACAGGUUUGAAAUCAGCCUGAGCAACAAGACAAAGAAGAGCAAAGAAAGUGACAUCUGUGAGUCUCCGUUCUACUUGGACUAGAUCGCAAUCUAUCUCAAACACUCUCUCCUUUUAUAAUCCCAUUCCAUAUCGAUAUGAGAGAAAUUAUUUGCUGCAUUGUGUUAGUGCCUCUGUGUUCCACUCAAUCUCCAUCUCUGUCUCCCUCUGCAUCAGUGUUCAUGCGUUGCCAGCUGAGCCGCCUGCAGAAGGGCCAGAUGAUAGACGAGUGGUUCCCUCUGAGCUCCCACGUGCCUCUGAAGGGCAUCGAGCCGGGCUCCCUGAGGGUGCGAGCCCGCUACUCCAUGGAGAAGAUCAUGCCUGAGGAGGAGUACAGCGAGUUCAAAGAGGUCAGACACACCCUAUUAAUGAAGAUGAUGAAUUAAUUCAUUAAUGAACUAUUAACAUUAGUCAAAUCAAAGUUUAUUGGUCGCGCACACAGAUUUGCAGAUGUUAUCGCAGGUGCAGCGAAAUGACCAGCACAUACUCAGUGAGACACCAAAACAAGGAAUAAUACACAAUAUAUUGUGACGUGCAGAGUACGUGUCCUGGAAAAAGAGAAGUGUAAAUGAUCGGCCACUUGUUUUUACAAUACAUCACUGACAUUGACCCCGUCUGUCCUUCCGUCCAUCUGUCCGUGUCCCACAGCUGAUCCUGCUGAAGGAGUUCCAUGUGAUCUAUGCUCUGGCCCAUGUGUGUGGGCAGGACCGCACCCUGCUGGCCAGCAUCCUGCUGCGUAUCUUCAGACACGAGAAGACAGAGGCCCCGCUACUCAGGACACUCAACGACCGAGAGAUCAACAUGGAGGGUAAGACAAACAUAUUGAGAUGAAUAUUUACAGAUAAUCUAUUGUUGUAGUGGCAUCAUGUUAUUUUAGUGACAUAGAGCAUUUCCCUUUGGGUGGCUCUUUGUCAUCCUGAAGUAUCUCUAUUUGUAGAUGCUUGGAGGCAGAUUGUGUAUAAUGUGAUUUCAACGUGAAAGCUAUGAUCGAGACACACACACCGUUGGCUGAUGAGAAGUCCCCUCUCUCUCUGUUUCCCAGACGAGGCAACGACCCUGUUCCGAGCGACCACACUGGCCAGCACACUGAUGGAGCAGUACAUGAAGGCCACGGCCACACCCUUCGUCCACCACGCCCUCAAAGACACCAUCCUGAAGAUCAUGGAGAGCAAGCAGUCCUGCGAGGUAAACGCACACACACACUUGCUAUAUAUGCAGAAAGGCUUUUCAUACUUGGAGGUAGCCUUAUUUAGUUUUUGUUUAGCCCAUCUCUACCUACUGUAUCUGUUUUGGCUUGUAAAAUAGUUUCAGCAAUAUCUGUAAAGUUACCUUAGUCACAACUCUUUCAGCAGAGAAGUGUGUCGGCUACAAUCCAGCUAUUUCUUCACGUUAUCUCCUGAGUAGAAUGGAGCACUUGGCGUUUGUAACAUCAUAUCAGUACUUUGGCUACCCAGAAGAUAAAACAGUAACUCAUGACACAGAUUCAACUUCGGUGCCUGCUUGGCAUUCCCCAGUCUCUGUUGUGAUCUCACAGGACUUCUAGUGGGACAGAGGGCAUUAUACACACUGUGGCAUUGAACAUUGAUCUUGUACAGUUGCUUUCAACAUCAAAUCCUACUCUAGUGAUAGAAGACACGUCUCAUGUAGCCAAUCAUGUUGUUCACUAGCACAAGUACACUGAGUGUACAAAAUAUUAGGAACACCUUCCUAAUAUUGAGUUGCACCCCCUUUUGUCCUCAGAACAGCCUCAAACCGUCUGAAUGGCACACAUACAAUCUAUGUCUCAAUUGUCUCAAAUCAUUUUUUAACCUCUGUCCUCCCCUUCAUCUACACUGAUUGAAGUGGAUUUAACAAGUGACGUCAGUAAGGGAUCAUAGCUUUCACCUGGAUUCACCUGGUCAGUCUGUCAUAGAAAGAGCAGGUGUUCAUAAUGUUUUGUACACUCAGUGUAUGUCUAUGAUGAAACAUCUCUUUCCCCCCCUCCCUCUAGCUGAACCCCUCCAAACUGGAGAAGAACGAGGAUGUGCAUCUGAACCUGGCCCACCUCCUCCUCAUCCUGUCUGAGCUGGUGGAGAAGAUCUUCAUGGCUGCUGAGAUCCUGCCCCCGUAAGAACACACAGCACAUCCACACACACCACUCCACGGUGCAUAUACCAACAAACUAACACGGGAACCAUCCACAUGUGAUAUUAGGGUUGGGUGAUGUAUAAACUUUUGUCAUAUCGUCGAUCGGGACUCGUUGAUUUGGACUAACAAAAAGACUACUCAAUCCCAGUUGAUAAUUUGACUAUACUGUCUGUACUGUUCUGCUUUGUCAAGUGUAAAUAGGCUUUCGUCUGUCAUCGACGAUGACGUCCUCAUCGACGAUGGCUGUCAAUCAUUGUCGACACCCGAUGACAUCGUUCAUCGGCCCAACCCUAAUAAGUAAGGAAGUGUAUAUUCGACCGGCAGAACGCAAACUUAAGUUUAGGCAUAGGGGUCGAAAUCACUUAAGGUUAGGUUUAGGAACGAGGGUCAGGUUAAGGUUUUGCUAUAGUUUGGGAAAAGUAACAUUGGGUUAGAGUACCGCCUCCCACCGACAUUAAUUUUCUGCCGGUAAAAUAUACACUGCCAAUAAGAAACCAUCUCCAUAGUUUGAACCUCAUAUCAUGACGUUCUUCUGUUGUACAAUCAAUCUAUUAUGUCAUCAUACAAACCAACAAAUGAACUGAACACAUGAAAGUAGAUCCAUAGGAUAGUUUGACAUGUAUACAGUAUAUUUAAGCCAUAUUCCAGUACAUGCACUCACUCACUCGCGCUCUCUCUCUCUCUCUCUCUCUCUCUCUCUCUCUCAUUGACCCUUCCAGAACUCUAAGAUAUAUCUAUGGGUGUCUACAGAAGUCAGUGCAGCAGAAAUGGCCCAACACCACCAUGAGAACCCGGGUGGUCAGGUAACUAACUAUACACACCAUAGAUCUACUUUAUCUGCAAGCCUCAUGUAUGGGCAAACCGUAGAAUUAGAAUGGUGCAGCCCUUGGUCAACAUUUACAUUACAUUUUAGUCAUUUAGCAGACGCUCUUAUCCAGAGCGACUUACACAAGGGGGAGCUAUAUUGGAAACGUUUGGGAAUGUUUAACUGUAAGGUCUACAUCUGUUGUAUUCGGCACAUGUGAUGAAUACAAUUUGAUUUGAAGUACUGAUUUAACCGAUUUCUUGUUUGACUCUUCCAGUGGCUUUGUGUUCCUGAGACUGAUCUGUCCUGCCAUCCUCAACCCAAGAAUGUUCAACAUCAUCGCUGGUGAGCUUUAACCCUUCUACAGUGAGGGAAAAAGUAUUUGAUCCCCUGCUGAUUUUGUACGUUUGCCCUCUGACAAAGACAUGAUCAGUCUAUAAUUUUAAUGGUAGGUUUAUUUGAACAGUGAGAGACAGAAUAACAACAAAAAAAUCCAGAAAACGCAUGUCAAAAAUGUUAUAAAUUGAUUUGCAUUUUAAUGAGGGAAAUAAGUAUUUGACCCCUCUGCAAAACAUGACUUAGUACUUGGUGGCAAAACCCUUGUUGGCAAUCACAGAGGUCAGACGUUUCUUGUAGUUGGCCACCAGGUUUGCACACAUCUCAGGAGGGAUUUUGUCCCACUCCUCUUUGCAGAUCUUCUCCAAGUCAUUAAGGUUUCGAGCCUGACGUUUGGCAACUCGAACCUUCAGCUCCCUCCACAGAUUUUCUAUAGGAUUAAGGUCUGGAGACUGGCUAGGCCACUCCAGGACCUUAAUGGGCUUCUUCUUGAGCCACUCCUUUGUUGCCUUGGCUGUGUGUUUUGGGUCAUUGUCAUGCUGGAAUACCCAUCCACAACCCAUUUUCAAUGCCUUGGCUGAGGGAAGGAGGUUCUCACCUAAGAUUUGACGGUACAUGGCCCCGUCCAUCGUCCCUUUGAUGCGGUGAAGAUGUCCUGUCCCCUUAGCAGAAAAACACCCCCAAAGCAUAAUGUUUCCACCUCCAUGUUUGACGGUGGGGAUGGUGUUCUUGGGGUCAUAGGCAGCAUUCCUCCUCCUCCAAACACGGCGAGUUGAGUUGAUGCCAAAGAGCUCGAUUUUGGUCUUAUCUGACCACAACACGUUCACCCAGUUCUCCUCUGAAUCAUUCAGAUGUUCAUUGGCAAACUUCAGACGGGCCUGUAUAUGUGCUUUCUUGAGCAGGGGGAUCUUGCGGGUGCUGCAGGAUUUCAGUCCUUCACGGCGUAGUGUGUUACCAAUUGUUUUCUUGGUGACUAUGGUCCCAGCUGCCUUGAGAUCAUUGACAAGAUCCUCCCGUGUAGUUCUGGGCUGAUUCCUCACCGUUCUCAUGAUCAUUGCAACUCCACGAGGUGAGAUCUUGCAUGGAGCCCCAGGCUGAGGGAGAUUGACAGGUCUUUUGUGUUUCUUCCAUUUGCGAAUAAUCGUACCAACUGUUGUCACCUUCUCACCAAGCUGCUUGGCGAUGGUCUUGUAGCCCAUUCCAGCCGUGUGUAGGUCUACAAUCUUGUCCCUGACAUCCUUGGAGAGCUCUUUGGUCUUGGCCAUGGUGGAGAGUUUGGAAUCUGAUUGAUUGAUUGCUUCUGUGGACAGGUGUCUUUUAUACAGGUAACAAGCUGAGAUUAGGAGCACUCCCUUUAAGAGUGUCCUCCUAAUCUCAGCUCGUUACCUGUAUAAAAGACACCUGGGAGACAGAAAUCUUUCUGAUUGAGAGGGGGUCAAAUACUUAUUUCCCUCAUUAAAAUGCAAAUCAAUUUAUAACAUUUUUGACAUGCGUUUUUUCUGGAUUUUUUUGAUGUUAUUCUGUCUCUCACUGUUCAGAUAAACCUACCAUUAAAAUUAUAGACUGAUCAUUUCUUUGUCAGUGGGCAAACGUACAAAAUCAGCAGGGGAUCAAAUACUUUUUUCCCUCACGGUAUGUACAGUUGAAGUCAGAAGUUUACAUACACUUAGGUUGGAGUCAUUAAAACUUGUUUUUCAACCACUCCACACAUUUCUUGUUAACAAACUAGUUUUGGCAAGUCAGUUAGGACAUCUACUUUGUGCAUGACACAAGUCAUUUUUCCAACAAUUGUUUAUAGACAGAUUAUUUCACUUAUAAUUCACUGUAUCACAAUUCCAGUGGGUCAGAAGUUUAUAUACACUAAGUUGACUGUGCCUUUAAACAGCUUGGAAAAUUCCCGAAAAUGAUGUAAUGGCUUUUGAAGCUUCUGAUAGACUAAUUGACAUAAUUUGAGUCAAUUGGAGGUGUACCUGUGGAUGUAUUUCAAGGCCUACUUUCAAACUCAGUGCCUCUUUGCUUGAAAUCAAAAUAAAUAAGCCAAGACCUCAGAAAAAAAAUGGUAGACCUCCACAAGUUCAUCCUUGGGAGCAAUUUCCAAAUGCCUGAAGGUACUAUGUUCAUCUGUACAAACAAUAGUACGCAAGUAUAAACACCAUGGGACCACGCAGCCGUCAUACCGCUCAGGAAGGAGACGCAUUCUGUCUCCUAGAGAUGAACGUACUUUGGUGCGAAAAGUGCAGAUCAAUCCCAGAACAACAGCAAAGGACCUUGUGAAGAUGCUGGAGGAUACAGGUACAAAAGUAUCUAUAUCCAAAGUAGAACGAGUCCUAUAUCGACAUAACCUGAAAGGCCGCUCAACAAGGAAGAAGCCACUGCUCCAAACCGCCAUAAAAAAGCCAGACUAUGGUUUGCAACUGCACAUGGGGACAAAGAUCGUACUUUUUUGAGAAACGUCCUCUGGUCUGAUGAAACAAAAAUAGAACUGUUUGGCCAUAAUGACCAUCAUUAUGUUUGGAGGAAAAAGGGGGUUGCUUGCAAGCCGAAGAACACCAUCCCAACCGUGAAGCACGGAGGUGGCAGCGUCAUGCUGUGGGGGUGCAUUGCUGCAGGAGGGACUGGUGCACUUCACAAAAUAGAUGGCAUCAUGAGGAAGGAAAAUUAUGUGGAUAUAUUGAAGCAACAUCUCAAGACAUCAGUCAGGAAGUUAAAGCUUGGUCGCAAAUGGGUCUUCCAAGUGGACAAUGACCCCAAGCAUACUUCCAAAGUUGUGGCAAAAUGGCUUAAGGACAACAAAGUCAAGGUAUUGGAGUGGCCAUCACAAAGCCUUGACCUCAAUCCUAUAGAAAAUGUGUGGGCAGAACUGAAAAAGCGUGUGCGAGCAAGGAGGCCUACAAACCUGACUCAGUUACACCAGCUCUGUCAGGAGGAAUGGGCCAAAAUUCACCCAACUUAUUGUGGGAAGCUUGUGGAAGGCUACCCAAAACGUUUAACCCAAGUUAAACAAUUUAAAGGCAAUGCUACCAAAUACUCAUUGAGUGUAUGUAAACUUCUGACCCACUGGGAAUGUGAUGAAAGAACUAAAAGCUGAAAUAUAUAAUUAUCUCUGCUAUUAUUCUGUCAUUUCACAUUCUUAAAAUAAAGUGGUGAUCCUAACUGACCUAACACAGGGAAUUUUUACUAGGAUUUAAUGUCAGGAACUGUGAAAAACAACUGAGUUUAAAUGUAUUUGGCUAAGGUGUAUGUAAACUUCCGACUUCAACUGUAUUUGGUAUUGCAGAAAUUGAUUAUUGCUUAGCUUGGAAUGAACAGUAUGAUCAAGUCAAUACAUUUCUUAAUUUCCGUGUGUGUUCGUCUUUUUUGUGUAGACCCUCCCUCUGCAACAGCGGGACGUACCCUCACUCUGGUUGCCAAGUCUGUCCAGAACCUGGCUAACCUGGUGGAGUUUGGUGCUAAGGUAAGACCACCUUAAAGCUCCCUACACAGUUCAGUGUGGGGACGUUUGUAUCCCUGUGUCAUCUAAGCGCAGGCAAACCAAAGUGUAAUCCUCCACAGCUUUGAGUUGUACCUGGUUCAGGGAACAGUAGUUAUUAUAUUGGGUGAGUUCGUUUUGCAUGGCCCGGUACCCCUGGUGGGCAGAGUUUGUACAUUGUAGACCAUUCCAUUGAUCGUUAAGUGAAAUCUCCACCUACUCGGGGCACGGGGCCAUGCAAAACAAAAUCACCCAUUCAUAACUUUACCGUCUAUAUGUCAGAAAGUAAUGGAGUGUUCCUCUUUUCAAUCCAGGAGCCCUACAUGGAGGGAGUGAACCCCUUCAUCAAAAACAACAAACAUAGAAUGAUCAUGUUUCUGGAUGAGUUGGGUGUAGGUUACCUGUUGUCAUUUCCUUUAGACAUCAUUGGAACUCUUAUUAGGUACAUGUAGACGUCAUAGAAACUCUGUCCCAAUGUCUAGGGAAGACAUUAAUGUGUAUGUGCGUUUGGGUCCUUUCUAGAAUGUCCCUGACCUCCCUGAAGCUACAGAGCACUUUAGGACAGACCUGUCCCGCGACCUCGCUGCCCUGCAUGAGAUCUGUGUCUCACACUCAGACGACCUCCGCACCCUGAGCAACGAGAGGGGAGCACAGCAGGUGUGUGUUAAAAGUUAAUGUCAAGUACAGUGAAAUGCUUUUCUUGCAAGCUCCAAACCCAACAAUGCAGUAAUCAAUAUCAAUGUAGUAGUAAACAUAACAGGGUAGAAUAAAAACAUGUGAAAUAGAAAUAAGAACAUGAGAAAGUAAGAAGCUAUUCACAGGGUCAGUUCCAAUACUAGAUUUACAAUGUGCAGGGAUACUGGAGUGAUAGAGGUAGAUAUGUACACUAUAUAUACAAAAGUAUGUGGACCCCUUCAAAUUAGUGGAUUUGGCCAUUUCAGCACACACCCGUUGCUGACAGGUGUAUAAAAUCGAGCACACAGCCAUGCAAUCUCCAUAGACAAACAUUGACAGUGACAGGCCUUACUCACGAGCUCAGUGAUUUUCAAUGUGGCACCACCAUAGGAUGCCACCUUUCCAACAAGUCAGUUAGUCCAGUUUCUGCCCUGCUAGAGCUUCCCCAGUCAACUGUAAGUGCUGUUAUUGUCAAGUGGAGACGUCUAGGAGCAACAACUGCUUAGCCACGAAGUGGUAGGCCACACAAGCUCACAGAACGGGACCGCCGAGUGCUGAAGCGCAUAAAGAUUGUCUCUCCUCGUUUGCAACAGUCACCACUCAAACUGCCUCUGGAAGCAACGUCAGCACAAAAACUGUUAGUCAUGAGCGUCAUGAAAUGGGUUUCCUUGGCUGAGCUGCUGCAUACAAGCCUAAGAUCACCAUGCGCAAUGCCAAGCGUCGGCUGGAGUGGUGUAAAGUUUGCCACCAUUAGACUCUGGAGCAGUGGAAACACAUUCUCUGGAGUGAUGAAUAACGCUUCACCAUCUGGCAGUCCAAUGGACGAAUCUGGGUUUGAAGGAUGCCAGGAGAACGCUACCUGCCCUAAUGCAUAGUGCCAACUGUAAAGUUCGGUGGAGGAGAAAUAAUGGUCUGGGGCUGUUUUUCAUGGUUCAGGCUAGGCCCCUUAGUUCCAGUGAAGGGAAAUCUUAACACUACAGCAUACAAUGACAUUCUAGACGAUUCUGUGCAUUCACAUUUGUGGCAACAGUUUGGGGAAGGCCCUUUCCUGUUUCAGCAUGACAAUGCCCCCGUGUACAAAAGCGACAGAAAUGGUUUGUCGAGAUGGGUGUGGAAGAACUUGACUGGCCUGCACAGAGCCCUGACCUCAACCCCAUCGAACACCUUUGGGAUGAAAUGGAACGCCGACUGCGAGCCAGGCCUAAUCUCCCAACAUCAGUGGCCAACCUCACUAAUGUUCUUGUGGCUGAAUGGAAGCAAGUCCCCGCAGGAAUGUUCCAACAUCAAGUGGAGGCUGUUAUAGCAGCAAAGGGGGGACCAACUCCAUAUUAAUGCCCAUGAUUUUGGAAUGAGAUGUUCGAUGAGCAGGUGUCCACAUACUUUUGGUCAUGUAGUGUGUGUGGCAAGUGCAUUCAAGCAGUGAUUGAAAGGCUAGAAAGGCUUUUUGAUUCUGAUAAAAGGGCAGUCUGCUGUUGCUUCAUCCAGUUUUGGAUUUCUGAAUUAAUUAAAUUGAUUCUUGAAGAAUAUAACUUAUAAAUUCCUCAUGAGCUUAGUUCAACUGUCGUACCCCAUCAGAACCCAAAACAUUUAAGCUUGUUUCACUCCAAUCUGUGUGAACAAAGUAAUUGUAAACAAACACUUAAUAGCCUCAAAACAUGGUUAAAACUAUAAUGUUGAUAUCAUGGAUGGUCAGUCCUUGCAUCCAUAGCUCUGUCUAUUAAUUUUAGUGGUUAUAUUUCUCCAGGCAAUCCCUCUUCUUUUUACCAAUACAGGGGCAGGGUGCACACUUUAUUGUUAGAACUGCGGAUUUCCCCUUUAAUAUGACAAUCGGUACCAGAAACAUGCCAUGUCAUCAUGAUUGUAAACCAUGGCUCUGUCUCGCUUGUCUCUCUCUUUGUAGCACGUUCUGAAAAAGCUGCUGGCCAUCACUGAGCUCCUUCAGCAGAAACAGGUUCACUAUGCCAUGUCCAACAGCAACAGGUAGUACAGCACUCCUCCUCUCUCGCUCUCUCCCUCAGUCUCCUUGCACAGAGAUGCACACAGGACCUGACCCAGCAUGCUCCAAUUAUCACCAUGGCAUCCCCACCCCCACCCCCACCCAUCUCCUCCUCCGACAGUCCCGCCCACCACAUUGCCCAUGCCAGGAGAGCUAUGCAACGAAAGCAACAGCAAGCUGAACAACCAACGCAAAAAAAAAAAACUAAACUUGCACCAGUGACUGACUGCUGUAUGCGCAGGAAAUGUUUUUUUCUUAUUCUGAAAAGUGUUCAUGAUUCUGUGACUUGGGUACAUGUAUGGGUAUCAUUCCCCUUCAUCAAGAGGGUCAAAGAUUUUAUUUCAAAGUAUGCCCAAGACAUGUUCGUCCACACAGCACAGGUUGCCAAAGUAUAUCUCCCUGCUCAAUAUGAGGAAAGUCAACUGACAUGAAGAAGCUACAGUCAACCCUGUUUUUCUUAACUGGAUUAUGAGCGGUAAUGCUUUUUAUACUGUAUUUUAUGGUUGUGACAAUGUCCACAAAGUGCUGAAACUAGCUUUUCUAUUUGUCUCCAGUAUUUUGGGGUUCAUUCUCUGUAUUUUAGUUUGGAGAUUCUUGCAGAAAGUGUUUUUUAUCCACAAACAAAAAAAAUAUUGCUGGAAUCAUGAGUAUAUAGUUCAGACAAACUUUUUUUAUUUUCUUCCAAUUGUAUGACAUUGAUUGUUUGUUUGGUUCAUUCUUCCUUAACUUCUCAAUGCCAGACAAGAUAGAAGUUUUUAACUAGUUAAUGAAAAUGUUUACAGCAGUAAAUCUUUAAAUAGUACAGAUUGUAUCAGACAUGCAUGCACUUAUUAAACAGUUGUUUUGUAAAGUAGAUAAUGGAGUCUUUCUUCCCCAGGUCAUUUGUGAUUAAGUGCCUUCGGGACUGUCUUUGCUCUGUGUUAUGGCCUAGAAACCCAGGUUUGAGAUUUAAGAGCAGCCUUGUAUCAUAACUGUUCAAAAAUGUAUUGAAUGUUAGUCCCUUAAUGCUCUAGGCAAGUGCACUGUGCUCACAGAGCCUAUUGAUGUUAUGCCCAUGGAAUAUACACAUUUUUACUACAUCAUAAGAGAUGAAGUCAUUCAAACAAAUUUUGUAUUUCAAACCUGACACAAUAAAACAUGUAGAUUUUUUUUUUUUUUUUUCAGAAAACAUGACAAGACCUUUGAAAAAGCAUAAUGUACGGCCUCAAAAAUAUCAAAGAUAAUACAAUAUCUAAAUCCUCUCUAAUGGUGGAGUCUUGCACACAUUGGGUAGACCUUCUGUGAGGCCAUAGGCCAUGAGAGGGCCAGUAUUGCUGACAGUCCUUCAGUGACAAAAGGGGUUGGGUGAAAAAAACUAAAUGUUUGCGUCAUCAUUCAUAGGUCAUCCAGAUCUUCAUCAGUCCACUCCUCCUAGAAAGCACAGCAAGCUAUUUAAUGACCUGAAAAUCAGAGGCACUGGUAGCAACAAUGUGUUGAAGUGGUUUUGACUCACCUCUUCUGUCAUCCGAGGCUCUUUCGCUACAUGCUCAUCAUCCUCAGAUCCUCUUUUUCUUUUCCUGUAAAAGAGAUUGAAUAUAUAUUUGUACUUUUUCUGAUGUUAAGAGUACACAAUCGGGUGGUAUAUGUAGUAUUGGUGACCUGUGUAACCUGUAGGCUUUAACUGAUUGGACUGAAGCAAGGUAAAUCAUCACUGAGAUCGUUCUGCUGGAAGAUGUUUUAGCAGACCAAAAACCUCAAUGUUUUCCUCGUGUUUGCCCCUCAUGAUCAUCCCUUCAUGUCAUGCACAUCUCCAGUCCCCUCCCCCGUUGUCUAGUGUACAAUCUGUGUCAUGACACCAACAGUAAACACCAUGUGAAGUUACCAUCCGGAGUUCAUCAGUAUGUAUGGAUGUGGAAGGGGUUAUGGUGGCAUGGUCAAUAAAUGGCAUUAAGAUGUAACUGAUGUACAGUCAAUGUAAGGCCUUCUCAACAGUGUACACUUUGUCUUGCAGGACUGAGUGCACCAUCAUGGCAUUGGCUGCCACCAUCCAGGUAAUGUGAAUUUUACCAAUGGGACGAGGUCAGUCAGUCAAACAAACAAGCAGCCCGCCCAUGUACUGGCAUUGAGCGCUGGACCGGAAAGCUAGGUGGAUUUGUAUUGAGCGUGUAGCUUUCUGGACAUUGAUACAUUAUGGCAGACUGAGCCCCGCAAUGGGAAAGUGACGGACUGGAUCUGGGAAAGGGACUGACUGGACCAGUCCCAAAGCCCUUGAACAGACACUGGUGAAAUAAUGAGUAACUCCUUACCCAACGCUAACCUGAACUAUUUUCAAGCUUGAGGGCCAAAUCAGACAGACAUGAAGAGGACACUUUGAAGACUGUUUGCCUACAUGGCAGAGUUAUAUAGCUUACAGACAGCCACAGCAAACUAUAAACUGGCCCAUCUCCUGUAUGUUGAUUGGCUUGGCCUUGGUCCUGAAUUUGGGCUGACUUGAACCUUUGAGGUCCCUACACAUUUAGCCUCCUUGUCAACAGUGAAACCUUCCCAGAGGGCCUUGGUUCAGAGGCGAGCCAAAACACCGUAGCGAUAACAAUGACCUUCAGGGAAAUCUAAUGUAGCACCUCUCCAAGAAAGACAAGCCUUAACUCACAUUCUACACACCACUACUUUACUUGAUUUUACAACCCAACCUCUUCCUAUCACCAAAAUGGCAUUUCACACUGGCUUUAUAUAUAUAUAUAUAUAUAUACACACACACACAGUGGGGGGAAAAGUAUUUAGUCAGCCACCAAUUGUGCAAGUUCUCCCACUUAAAAAGAUGAGAGGCCUGUAAUUUUCAUCAUAGGUACACGUCAACUAUGACAGACAAAAUGAGAAAAAAGAAUCCAGAAAAUCACAUUUAAUGAAUUUAUUUGCAAAUUAUGGUGGAAAAUAAGUAUUUGGUCACCUACAAACAAGCAAGAUUUCCGUCUUCCCAGCCUGGUGCAGGUCUACAAUUUUGUUUCUGGUGUCCUUUGACAGCUCUUUGGUCUUGGCCAUAGUGGAGUUUGGAGUGUGACUGUUUGAGGUUGUGGACAGGUGUCUUUUAUACUGAUAACAAGUUCAAACAGGUGCCAUUAAUACAGGUAACGAGUGGAGGACAGAGGAGCCUCUUAAAGAAGAAGUUACAGGUCUGUGAGAGCCAGAAAUCUUGCUUGUUUGUUGGUGACCAAAUACUUAUUUUCCACCAUAAUUUGCAAAUAAAUUCAUUAAAAAUCCUACAAUGUGAUUUUCUGGAUUUUUUUUCCUCAUUUUGUCUGUCAUAGUUGACGUGUACCUAUGAUGAAAAUUACAGGCCUCUCAUUUUUUUAAGUGGGAGAACUUGCACAAUUGGUGGCUGACUAAAUACUUUUUUCCCCCCAAUGUAUGUAUGUGUGUAUAUAUAUAUAUAUAUAUAUAUAAUAUUAUGUAUAUACACAUAUACAUACAUACUAUAUAUAUUAUUUAUAUAUAUAUAUAUAUAUAUAUACACACACACACACACAGUCAAAAGUUUGGACACCUACUCAUUCAACGGUUUUUAUUUUUACAUUGUAGAAUAAUAGUGAAGACAUCAAAACUAUGAAAUAACAUAUGGAAUCAUGUAACCAAAAAAGUGUUAAACAAAUCAAAAUAUGUUAUAUUUGAGAUUCUUCAAAUAGCCACCCUUUGCCUUGAUGACAGCUUUGCACACUCUUGGCAUUCUCUCAACCAUCUUCAUCAGGUAGUCACCUGGAAUGCAUUUCAAUUAACAGGUGUGCCUUGUUAAAAGUUCAUUUGUGGGAUUUUUUUCCUUCUUAAUGCGUUUGAGCCAAUCAGUUGUGACAAGGUAGGGGGGGUAUACAGAAGAUAGCCCUAUUUGGUAAAAGACCAAGUCCAUAUUAUGGCAAGAACAGCUCAAAUAAGCAAAGAGAAACAACAGUUCAUCAUUACAUGAAGGUCAGUCAGUACAGAACAUUAAGAACUUUGAACGUUUCUUCAAGUGCAGUCGCAAAAAACAUCAAGCGCUAUGAUGAAACUGGCUCUCAUGAGGACCACCACAGAAUUGGAAGAUCCAGAGUUACCUCUGCUGCAGAGGAUAAGUUCAUUAGAGUUACCAGCCUCAGAAAUUGCAGCCCAAAUAAAUGCUUUACAGAGUUCAAGUAACAGAUGCAUCUCAACAUCAACUGUUCAGAGGGGACUGUGUGAACCAGGCCUUCAUGAUCGAUUGCUGCAAAGAAACCACUACUAAAGGACACCAAUUAUAAGAAGAGACUUGCUUGGGCCAAGAAACACGAGCAAUGGACAUUAGACCGUGGAAAUUUGGUCUGGAGUCCAAAUUGGAGAUUUUUGGUUCCAACCGUUGUGUCUUUGUGAGACGCAGUGUGGGUGAACGGAUGAUCUCUGCAUGUGUAUUCCCCACCGUAAAGCAUGGAGGAGUUGGUGUUAUGGUGUGGGUGUGCUUUGUUGGUGACACUGUGAUUUAUUUAGAAUUCAAGGCACACUUAACCAGGAUGGCUACCACAGCAUUCUGCAGUGAUACGCCAUCCCAUCUGGUUUGGGCUUAGUAUCAUUUGUUUUUCAACAGGACAAUGACCCAACACACCUCCAGGCUGUGUAAGGGCUAUUUUCCCAAGAAGGAGAGUGAUGGAGUUCUGCAUCAGAUGACCUGGCCUCCACAAUCCCCCGACCUACACCCAAUUGAGAUGGUUUGGGAUGAGUUGGACCGCAGAGUGAAGGAAAAGCAGCCAACAAGUGCUCAGCAUAUGUGGGAACUCCUUCAAGACUGUUGAAAAAGCAUUCCAGGUGAAGCUGGUUGAGAGAAUGCCAAGAGUGUGCAAAGCUGUCAUCAAGGCAAAGGGUGGUUAUUUGAAGAAUCAAAUAUAUAUUUUGAUUUAACACUUUUUGCUUACUAAUUCAUUCCAUAUGUGUUAUUUCAUAGUUUUGAUGUCUUCACUAUUAUUCUACAAAGUCCAAACUUUUGUCUGGUACUAAUUAUUAUAUAUAUAUAUAUAUAUAUAUAUAUAUACACAUACAUACAUAUACACACACAUACAUACACAUACACACACAGUGGGGAGAACAAGUAUUUGAUACACUGCCGAUUUUGCAGGUUUUCCUACUUACAAAGCAUGUAGAGGUCUGUAAUUUUUAUCAUAGGUACACUUCAACUGUGAGAGACGGAAUCUAAAACAAAAGUCCAGAAAAUCACAUUGUAUGAUUUUUAAGUAAUUAAUUUGCAUUUUAUUGCAUGACAUAAGUAUUUGAUACAUCAGAAAAGCAGAACUUAAUAUUUGGUACAGAAACCUUUGUUUGCAAUUACAGAGAUCAUACGUUUCCUGUAGGUCUUGACCAGGUUUGCACACACUGCAGCAGGGAUUUUGGCCCACUCCUCCAUACGGACCUUCUCCAGAUCCUUCAGGUUUCGGGGCUGUCGCUGGGUAAUACGGACUUUCAGCUCCCUCCAAAGAUUUUCUAUUGGGUUCAGGUCUGGAGACUGACUAGGCCACUCCAGGACCUUGAGCUGCUUCUUACGGAGCCACUCCUUAGUUGCCCUGGCUGUGUGUUUCGGGUCGUUGUCAUGCUGGAAGACCCAGCCACGACCCAUCUUCAAUGCUCUUACUGAGGGAAGGAGGUUGUUGGCCAAGAUCUCGCGAUACAUGGCCCCAUCCAUCCUCCCCUCAAUACGGUGCAGUCGUCCUGUCCCCUUUGCAGGAAGCAUCCCCAAAGAAUGAUGUUUCCACCUCCAUGCUUCACGGUUGGGAUGGUGUUCUUGGGGUUGUACUCAUCCUUCUUCUUCCUCCAAACACGGCGAGUGGAGUUUAGACCAAAAAGCUCUAUUUUUGUCUCAUCAGACCACAUUACCUUCUCCCAUUCCUCCUCUGGAUCAUCCAGAUGGUCAUUGGCAAACUUCAGACGGGUCUGGACAUGUGCUGGCUUGAACAGGGGGACCUUGCGUGCGCUGCAGGAUUUUAAUCCAAGACGGCGUAGUGUGUUACUAAUGGUUUUCUUUGAGACUGUGGUCCCAGCUCUCUUCAGGUCAUUGACCAGGUCCUGCCGUGUAGUUCUGGGCUGAUCCCUCACCUUCCUCAUGAUCAUUGAUGCCCCACGAGGUGAGAUCUUGCAUGGAGCCCCAGACCGAGGGUGAUUGACCGUCAUCUUGAACUUCUUCCAUUUUCUAAUAAUUGCGCCAACAGUUGUUGCCUUCUCACCAAGCUGCUUGCCUAUUGUCCUGUAGCCCAUCCCAGCCUUGUGCAGGUCUACAAUUUUAUCCCUGAUGUCCUUACACAGCUCUCUGGUCUUGGCCAUUGUGGAGAGGUUGGAGUCUGUUUGAUUGAGUGUGUGGACAGGUGUCUUUUAUACAGGUAACGAGUUCAGGUGCAGUUAAUACAGGUCAUGAGUGGAAAACAGGAGGGCUUCUUAAAAGAAAAACUAACAGGUCUGUGAGAGCCGGAAUUCUUACUGGUUGGUAGGUGAUCAAAUACUUACGUCAUGCAAUAAAAUGCAAAUGAAUUACUUAAAAAUCAUACAAUGUGAUUUUCUGGAUUUUUGUUUUAGAUUCUGUCUCUCACAGUUGAAAUGUACCUAUGAAAAAAAUUACAGACCUCUACAUGCUUUGUAAGUAGGAAAACCUGCAAAAUCGGCAGUGUAUCAAAUACUUGUUCUCCCCACUGUAUAUAUACACACACACUGAUGCUACUAGCUAUAUAUUUUAUAUGCUGCUUUACCUGUUGAUAGGAUACACUUAGGCUUGAAUGACAAAACCAGUGUUUUUGUAUGACGGCUAAAUGGAGUUGUAUGAUAGGUUAACAUUUGUAUCAUAGCUUAACAUAGUUUGUAGGACCCAUUUGUAACCUGUGAAUGUGUAACCCUAUGGAAACUAACCUGAUGUCUGGACCUGAGAAACUAAAGGAACUGAGAAAUCCUCCCUUUAAGCCUGGGCUCAUCAACAGAAGCUUUCAUAGAUUUGCAACUUCAAUGUAACCCUCACUAGCCCACCUUUCCUUGGCAAUACAAGCCAACACCACACUAACCAAGAUCAUUCAAAUUUCUUCUGUGCAGGCCAAGCACAGAUUCACCAACCUCUGUCAUUUGGAUGAGAACUGGUUGAUUUUGUACAACCACCGUCUGCUCAUCCAAACAGCUCAAAGUCAGAGACUAGGAACCGAUAGCCAAUAACCUGUAGUUUCUCAGUUUAGAUGCACUGAAGAUUACAGACCUCACCCAAGUCUUCAUAGACUAUUGAGAUAUGGGUGAGACAACUCCUUUCUUCAAAAUGUACAAAUGUAACUGUUGUGCUUCCUCCAUUUCAUAUAGCGGAUGUGUUUAUUUUAGAAUUUUCUACCUGAUAGACAGAUCCGUGAAUCUUUUGCAUCUUAGAUACACUUGAUUGACCUGGCAAAAUAAAACUGUUAGUAUGUAUGGCGAAAGGUAUUGCUUCAUUUGUGCAAUACUAUUUACUCUGAAGUGGUCUUAAACAGAAUAUCCUCUCCUUACCUGACAGCCAUUCCUAUCACACAAAAUUAAUUAAUUACUCAAGUCAGCUGAUAAUUUCUACCUUAACUCCCUCCCCAGUUGUGUGGUAGUGCACCAAUGGAACUACAAACUCUCUUUUUGCGCAAUGUAAUAAUUGCAUGUGUUUGUAACCGACAGAUUAAUUCAAGGAAGCUACACUGAGUAUACCAAACAUUAGGAACACAUUCCUAAUACUGAGUUCCCCCCCCCCCCCCCCACCCACCCUCAGAACAGCCUCAAUCGUCAGGGCAUGGACUCUACAAGGUGUCGAAAGCGUUCCACAGGGAUGCUGGCCCAUGUUGGCUCCAAUGCUUCCCACAGUUGGCUGGAUGUCCUUUGGUUGGUGGACCAUUCUUGAUACACACAGGAAACUGUUGAGUGUGAAAAACCCAGCAGCGUUGCCGUUCUUGACACAAAACGGCACGCCUGGCACCUACUACCAUACCCCCGUUCAAAGGCACUUAAAUCUUUUGUCUUGCCAAUUCACCCUCAAUGGCACACAUACACAAUCCAUGUGUAGGUGUAGGCUGUCAUUGUAAAUAAGAAUUUGUUCUUAACUGGCUUGCCUAGUUAAAGGUAAAAUAAAAAAUUAAUGUCUCAAGGCUUAAAAAUCCUUCUUUAACCUGUCUCUUCCCCUUCAUCUACACUGAUUGAAGUGGAUUUAACAAGUGACAUCAAUAAGAGAUCAUAGCUUUCACCUGGAUUCACCUGGUCAGUCUGUCAUGGAAAGAGCAUGUUUUGUAUACGUACGUACAUGUUGGAGUUUGUGCCAAAGUCAGCAUGGACCCUCUCCAGCUUCAUUUUGUAAGCGUUAACCUCAUCUUGUUUCGGAAGUUCAUACUUUUUCAUGAGAGUUUUUAUCCCUGUGUGAAAAAGAAAAUGAUUGUCCAUGAAACAACACCAUGAACAGCAUUCGUAGAAUUUUGAUGUGCAGUCACAACUUUGAUCAAGCUUGCCACCUUGUGGUUGGAAUUGGUAAAUGCAACGAUGCAGGCAAAAAUACUCACGUCUCAUCGCGUCGUACAUCUUUGAGAGGGUCUCUUUGUCCUCCUUCAGUCCCAAACAUUCUGUCAGAUAGCUAUAAGAAAGGGGAAAACAAACUUAAUUGAUUACUGCAUUUAAUGAAAACAUGAGAAUACUACCCUGCUCUACAAUACACUAUGAAAGUAUGUUAGUUGUCACUUCUCUAGGCCAUGUUGGUUAGGGCCUCGUUCCAUUUCAGCCCAUAUCCCCUGAAACGGGGCCUUGCUCUUGUCUAGAACACAAGAGCCCUGGUGCUGGCCUACCUCUCCAUGCUGAGGCCGGCCCGCGACGCACUGUUCAGGAUGGCCGUCAUGGCGAUCUGAGACGGGGGAAACUGCAGGCCAGUGUCUGUCAGGGUGGCCCGAGUCAGGAAGUCAUCAGCACUCUUCCUCAGAGACUCUGGGUUGUCCAGAAGAGGAUACCUUGUCUGAGGUAAAGGUCACCAAUAGACAGGGCUGUUAUCUGAAGCCUAACCUGCUUGGUUUUCUAUUCUUACAGAAUUAACAGCUACAAGUCUUCAAAAUGGCUCUUUAAAUCUCAGCAGCACACUCCAUUGGGUUAUGUUCAUCUGCUGUAGCUCUACUGAGCGUCAUUGAUCUGGUAAGUAUCUCCAUCCACCCACCUUGAGGUCUAUAAGCAGGCCCUCCAUCGGUCUGUAAGGGGUGUGUACCACCAGGUGGAAGUUGAGCUGCUGAAUGAGAAGGAGCUCAUACUCCAAGAUCUGCUCCAGAGCCCUCUCCUGUCCGGCCGCACUCUCUUGCACAAGAUUCCCCACAAACUGGGUGCUGGACACGUUAAACUCAUCCACCUUACAGGACAGGUAUGCACAGGUCAGCCUGAAAGCGAGGGGAAAAAAGAGGUAAGCCAGGGAAGAGGUGGGAAGGAAAGAGCAGAGGAAGGAAAAGAUGUGAGGAGAGGAGGAGAAACAUGGAGGUUAUGUACAGUGAGUUCAGAAAUCAAGUGUAGCUACCUGAAAAGGAGUACUCAGAGGAGCCUAUCUACUGUAUUUCUCAAUAUAAGAGACUGGGAGGACUAGUCAAAAACAAGCCCUUGACUACUCACAUGAUUGUUCUGGGGUGGUAUUCCAUUAGUGAGUUGUUCAGGUAAAAUCUCCGGAAAUACAUGAUGGCUGUACCCUGUUGAGAUAAUUGCACUGUUAAGCACUUACAUAAAACCGGUUAGGUCUGAUUUACGGUGUACCCUAAUCUCCGUUAAACCAGAACUAAAGUCUCACAUAAUUGGUCAGCUGCUCGAUUAAGUUCUGGUCCAUACAUGUUAAGAGAAGAGAUGGAGCUCCACCCUCUCUCUUUGCAAGUUAUGGGCAGAAUGUCCCCUCCCCUUCUGAAAUUCUUAAGAUGCCAACACCUGCGAAAUCGUGAUUUGUCCAAAUAACCAGUCCAAACAACCAGUGACGAAAAACCCAAACACCAUAACAACGGCUGCCUUAUCCUACGCAACCCAUUCAGUCCUGCCAGAUUCUCUCGGUUUACACCCAGAAUAUUUCCAUGAGAGAUUAGGUGUACCCUUACAAAAUACAUACCACAACAGACUUGGGCAUCACAGGCUUGAAAGCAUUACAGAAGUCAAGCAGUCUCUUCUCAUAGUGCCUGAAGAGGACGUCCUCCUCGUGAGCCUCCAGGAACAAGGAGUCACUAACCCCAGGCUUUUUUUAAGGAAGGGAUAAAAUAAAGGAUGGGAGACGACAACAACGUUGGAAGCAGGUAGCAACUAUAAUCACAAAGUUGUAGUGGAAAAGACGAAACACUGGCUCAUUAUCACAUGUAAUGUAACAUGCUACAAAUCAUUUUACCUUCCCACUGGUAAGCAUUUUGUUGCAAUAUUUCUGGUUGGCUUCAUAUCUCAGUUGUUUCAGACUUUCUUCAUUGUCGAAUGUCCAGAACUUUUUCUGUGAGCUAUUGUGAAACAUGGUAAAGCUCUGCACAUAACAGAACACGUAGGUUGUCAGAAUUGUCAUUGAAUCUCAGAUAGUGACACUUGAACAACAGCUAAACAUGACAUGUGCAAGGUAAAUUACCUAGCAAUCUCUUUAGCUACCUACAAUAGCAUUGGACAGUGCGUUGCCUGUUAAAUGGAAAACGGAGUCACUCACCACCUUCCGG